AUGUCUGAUAUUGAUGAAGAAGUAAUUAUAGCACCAUGGGUUGGUCCUAUGUGUUGUAAAAAUGUUUUAACUAUAGUUGUACUUUCAACUAACAUUGAAAUUAUAGAUAGAAUAUCGGACUCUCUUACUGAAAUGCAUUCCAAAGGCGCAUUCAAAUGGAAGCUUAUAAUACUUCGUUCGUUUCAUUUGGAAGAGCUAGUAAGGCAAUCAGAUUUAACUGGGAAAGUUGCUAUCGAUUUCGUUAUUUUAGCUAUGGACACUAGUAGAAUAUUUUGCAUCGAAUGGUCAAAAAAAAUGUUGGGACAAGUACAUCCGGAUCUAAGAAUUCGUCGUGUUAUACUAGUAAAUGCCAGCGGAUUACCUCUAAAUGCGAUGGCAGUUAAUGCUUGUGAUAUUUUAGCAUUUACUACUGAGCAAAAAUUAGACAUGCUAAGUGCCAAUGUGUUCCAACAAAGAGAAGUAAUGUCUUUAGCGCGAAGAAUAAUAAAAUACAUGGAAGUGUCUCUUGGCAUUAAAACUGGUAUUCCAAAUUUAAAUUUGUGA